UACCAGGAGGCAGGUGGUGCUUGUGGAAUGCCAGGUGGUGCUGGUGGUGCUGGUUUCAUGCCAAAAGGCAAACCUGAUGCAAAUUCUAAUUUUCCUAGUCAAGGUCCUACUAUUGAAGAAGUUGAUUAA